AUGGGAGAUGAGUACGAGCCGCUGGCAGGAGUGGAUGUUCCACCUCCACCUCCAGGAGCGGACUUCCCUCCACCGCCUCCACCUCCUCCUCCACCUCCACCUCCGCCUCCAGAAGAUCUUCCACCUUUUCCACCUCCAGACGAAGAAAUUCCCCCUCCUGCUCCAGGUCGAAAACCUGGAACACCGCGGAAGCAUUUUGUACAGCGGAAAGAACGGGAAAAGAAGAACAGUCAAGAUCGUUCGACACCGUCAGCAGAUCGCAAAUCACAUGAGAAGCGAGAUAGAAGGCCGAUACAUGAAAAAAGUGAACCCCGUGAAAAAAGAAAAUCAACUAAAAGAACGAAAAAAUCUUCAACAAGCAGUAGCAAAGAUCAUGAGAGAGGAGAGGCCUAUGUUCCUGCCCGAAAAUCUUCGCGUUUAUUUGUCUCAUGCACUUGCCUGAGUUGUAUCUUCCUUUUGAUAAUUGUGGCUGGUGUCAUAGCAUUCCUGCUCUACGCUUUUGUCUUUGAUGGAUUUGCCGGAAAAGAAGAGAGCAACACAACGCUUCCUUCCGUCACAGACAUCGCAGAUACCGAAACGGUUACUGUAGAACCAUAUGCUGCCGAAACCUCCCCUGCUCCAAUUAUAUCGUCCAUAACAUUCUCGACUAUGAGUACAACAGCUGCUGAAAAGGAGCGACCAACUUCUACCUCGAGCUCAACAGUGAGGACAUCCACAACUAAGGCAGAGGAGGAUGAAUGA